CUUUGAUUACAACAAAACCACAUUUUCUUUUUUCAUUUCACACAAAAAUCGUCAUCAAGAUUUAUUUUUUACUUUUUGAAAUCCUAUCUUUAUAAUAUACAUAUAUUAUACUUUCCUGUCCUUUGUCAUUUUUAGAAAUGGUGUAUCUACCGAUGAAGAGAUCAUCUAAAGAAGCUGAAUUAGACUCGGCCAUAUCUAACAUGGCCAAUUGUUUGAUGCUACUAUCAAGAGGAAACUUGACGAACGAGCCAUACCAUAACUCACCAAGCCGAGUAUUUGAAUGUAAGACGUGUAACCGCCAAUUCCCAUCUUUUCAAGCUCUAGGUGGACAUAGGGCUAGCCACAAGAGGCCUCGAGUCAAUAAUAAUGAUAGUGACUCACAUGGCACGAACUUGGUGGCCACAAAGCCUAAAUCACACGAGUGCUCGAUUUGUGGGCUAGAAUUUGCAAUAGGGCAAGCCUUGGGUGGACAUAUGAGAAGACAUAGAGCGACCACAACAAAUGAUAACCAAUCUUCUGCAUCGGUAGAUUUAUCGAAUUCUGUAGUAAAAAAUGUCAACAGUCGAAGAGUGUUUAGUUUAGAUUUAAACUUGACGCCUUUGGAGAACAAUUUGGAGUCUCCAUACGAGAAGGUGGUUCCAACCACAAUAGAGUUAUUCGUAUGAUGGAUUUUUUGAUAGAUCAUUUACUAUAUAUUGUUGUUACACAUUUUUUCAUAUCUUUGUAUCUUUAUGUAAAUUAAGUAAAGAUUUUAAUACAUAUAGAAUAAAACAAUUAUGAUUUGGAUC